AUGGAUUCAGCCGGGCAUAUCAUCUUCACAGCCAACGAUCUGUAUGCUCGUGCCAAUACCACGAAUGGAACUAGUACCGAAAAUAGCCAGGACCAUGCCUCACGACCUCCGGUAUACAAAGCAGUUGGUAUCAUCCUCGCCCAUGGAUUGCUCAAGGCAAACGAGAAAUACAAUGAGGCUGCUGGUGAAGGUUACGGUUACCUCAAAAAUGGAUGGUGGUGGACUGGAAUGAUCUUGAUGAUCAUAGGUGAAGUAUGCAAUUUUGUUGCCUAUGCUUUCGUCGAUGCUAUCCUCGUUACUCCCUUUGGAGCUCUCAGCGUCGUCAUCACUACCAUCUUGUCAGCAAUCUUCCUCAAAGAGCGCCUCAGUUUCGUUGGCAAGGUCGGUUGUUUUCAAUGUGUGAUUGGCGCCGUUAUCAUCGCCCUCAAUGCUCCUGAGCAAUCCUCUGCUGCUAAUAUCCAGCAAAUGCAACAUUUUGUCAUUGCACCUGGUUUCUUGACAUAUACUGGAGUUGUCAUCAUUGGAUGUGUUUUCACUGCUCUUUGGGCUGGUCCCCGUUACGGAAACAAGAGCAUGUUCGUCUAUCUCACCAUUUGCAGUCUGAUUGGCGGAUUGAGUGUCGUUGCAACUCAAGGUCUUGGUGCUGCUAUUGUUGCUGCUAUUGGCAAGACUACUGAUGUCAACCAGUUCAAACAAUGGUUUCUAUGGGUCUUGUUCGUUUUUGUCAUCUGCACACUUUUGACAGAGAUUAUCUAUCUCAACGUGACGCUUAACAUCUUUAAUGCUGCUCUGGUCACGCCAACUUAUUACGUUUACUUUACUUCUGCGACCAUCGUCACCUCAGCCAUCUUGUUCAGAGGAUUUGGUGGAAGCACAGUAGGUAUAGUAAGUGUGAUUAUGGGCUUCCUGACAAUUUGCUCUGGCGUUGUAUUGCUUCAGCUCGCAAAAUCAUCCAAGGACGUACCAGAUACGGCCAUUUUCAAGGGAGAUCUGGAUCAAGUCCGCACCAUUGCCGAACAGGAAGAGCCAGAAAGCGAGCCGCGCGCCGACACUAUUCGUGGUGGUGCUGCAAUCGAGCUUGAUGAAGCCCGCACUAUCGCUAGCGAACACAUGGAGCCCAUUGGCGAAGAUGAUACGGUGUAUUUCGAUGGUUUGCGACGUCGUAAAACCGUCGUUGCGCCUAGUGGCCACACAUCGCUGCAAUCGGCGAAGACUUCUCACCCGCCCCUGGGCCUAACGCAUUUCCCUAAUGAACAUCACACUGAUAGCGACAGUGAUAACGAUGUGCACCCUGGGUUCUUGCCGCGUUUCCGCCGAAGUAAGAAGAAGCGACACCCAUCUGGAGAACAUUCUCUGAUGGAGAUGAAACCACCACUAACCCUGAAAUCACAAUCGACCUUCUCAACGACAGCUGAUGAGGAACCUGCACGUGAGCACGUCUAUGGACUACCAUCAGGACUCCGUUCACCCAAUCUGGACACCGACACUUCCUAUAAAGGCGGCAGUGCGAUUCACUGGACAACCAGCAUCGACGAGCGAGAGAAAGAACGUGCUAUGAGCCAAUCUAGUUCCUUGAUGCCUCCCAAACCUCCGCCACACUCACGACCAGAUUCGUCAGGCAAACGCACCUUCAGUUUCCAGAACGUCUUCCACCGCAAGAACCAUGACGAAAGCGCAGACGACGGCACCAUUCGCCCCAUCUCGCGCGGCGCAUUGAGUUUUGCCUCUCGCAAGAGUAGCUCCUCUCACCACCGUCCUGCCAGCCGUAACAACGCUAGCGAGGAAGAAAGACUAGGUCUGGUGACUGGCGAUGCAGCAGGCAAAAACAAGCAACCCCAAUACCAAGGUGUCUCCAACUACGAGGCGGAAGAUGACGACUGGCUCGUCACUAGCGGUAGAAGCGAGAGUCCUGAAGAUGUCAUGGGUGAUCUUGGUCGUGUUCGCAUGGAUAGAAGUCGCAGUCGCAGUGACGACAGCAACUAUGAACGUUAUGACGAUGACGAGUUGGGGUAUUUGAAGCCCAAGAGGCCUAGUGGGUUUGAUUGA